AUGGGAGACUCCAAAGAAAGAGAACCUCUUCCUCGGCUGCUAGAUCUUAUCCCGGAUGGGAAACAAUGGAAGGGGAGGGAAGCACAAGGCGCAGGAAGAUCAAGGAACGCAGGCUUUGGGAGCGAGGAGGACAAGCAGCUAGAGCUCAAACUCGGUCCUCCGGGUCUCCUAAAAGAAGGGACGACAGCAGCAGCAGCGUCAAGAGACGAAGGGAUACGGCGAGAGAUUCCGGCUCUCUCGCUUGGUUGCUUCCCGCAUAAACCCUCCAAGCCUGCAGUAAACACUACUGCAACUGGGACAAAGAGGGGGUUCUUAGACACCAUUGAAGCCAAAACAGAAAGUCGUGAUGAGCAGAAGCAGCAGGCUGGAGCUGGAUGUGGGAACGAACUACCACUGGACGAGAAGAUACCAGCCGCGAGCGAGAGAAAGACAGGAUUCUGCCCGCCAACAUCACAGCAUGCCCCUCCUGCUGCAACUGUGCACAACAGACCACACGCCCAGGGAAGAAGGCCUUCAGCUCCGGUUGUCGGUUGGCCUCCAGUCAGAUCCUUCAGGAGAAAUCUUGCUCAUGGCGGUUCAUCUAAACAAUCCACUGAGCCACAUAAUAGUGAAGCUAGCAUGAAGGAGAAGCUUGCCUGCAAGAAGAAUCCUCUUGUAAAAAUCAACAUGGACGGAAUCCCCAUUGGAAGGAAAGUAGACCUUGGAGCCUAUGACAGCUACGAGAGGCUAUCAUUGGGCGUCAAAGAGCUUUUCCAUGGUUUUCUUGAAGCUCAAAAGGAUCUAUCUAGUGCUGGAAGUACACAGCUAGGGGCCACUGAAAAAAUAUUUUCUCAAUUAUUGGAUGGGUCUGGUGAAUAUACUCUAGUUUACGAAGACAAUGAAGGAGACAGGAUGCUGGUAGGGGACGUGCCGUGGAAUGUAUUUGUGUCAACUGCUAAAAGGCUGAGGGUUUUGAGGAGCUCAGAGCUUUCCCGUGGUUUGAUUGCAGUAGCUCCUAGAAGAGGACCAGAUUGCUGA